AGAUAGACAAUUCUACAUGAAACUUACUUCGACCCAUGGCGAUCUGUGCAGAAAUCGGCGGCCAAAACGCUAGGAAAUGUAUUGGAGAGGUAAAGAGCAUGCCCUUUGCUUAAUAGCUACGUUGGAAACGCUGUCAGACCCGUUGACACGCGUGUUUAGGCCUUCCUACGUGUGUGUGUCUGCGCGCGCCCUUGUGUUUGCCUAAUAUUUACGGCGUGAUGGUGGGAGUCGCUCCACUAACAAGGUCACUACCAGAAACAUAUAAGGAUGUGUACAAAUUCUUCAUCUUAGAGGAUGACAAAGGUGGAGCAGUUGAUGUCUUUUCUGGGUCACCUUUCAUGGAUUCUACUAGCAAGGGGUCAGAGUACCUUGGCAUCAUCAGCCCUAUAGUUUCUAGAGUUUGGACCACCUCCACUAUCGAAGGUCUUGAAUCUGUCUCGUCUUGGCAACAUUUCAUGGCCAAAUUCAUUCUCCACACAUUCAGAAGGAUAUGAACCCAUUCUUUCAUCAAUAACCGAGAAUAUUGUACCAGAUUGAUACGCAAUGUUAACCUGGUGUGUGUGUGUGAGAGAGAGAGAGACAGAGAGAGUACAAACGUUCAGCUGGUCUAAAAUUUGGGGGACAAUGUGAGUUGUUCCAAAUAAAAAGAGUUGAAUAUU